AUAGCACACCAAGGUUGAUUAAAAAGGAAGACCCAAUGAAGAAAAAAAAGUAAAUUUGUUCACGAGUUGACACGAGCAUGUCCACUUCUUCUACACCAUACCAAACACAUAGUCAAGUCAAUAAUAACCCAUAGACCCCACGCAACUUCUUCAAUCUCUCUUCAAAUGUCACCACCAACCGCAAAGUUAGCUCAUUUCCAUCUCUAAAUCAUCGUUUCUAUAUUGGGUCACCUCCCUUUCUCUCAUUCAACAACCCUUCGCCAUGUCUCUUGAAUCAGCUGAGAAUAACAUCAGAGGAAUACCGACUCAUGGUGGACGCUAUUUGCAGUACAACAUCUAUGGUAACCUCUUUGAGGUUUCCAGAAAGUAUGUCCCUCCUAUUCGUCCUGUCGGUAGAGGUGCUUAUGGUAUUGUUUGUGCUGCUGUAAAUGCUGAGACACAUGAGGAAGUUGCCAUUAAGAAGAUCGGCAAUGCAUUUGACAACAGAAUAGAUGCUAAAAGGACCUUGCGAGAAAUAAAACUUCUUCGCCAUAUGGAUCAUGAAAAUGUGAUGUCUAUUAAAGAUAUUAUCCGACCUCCGCAGCAGGAGAACUUCAAUGAUGUGUACAUUGUUUCUGAGUUAAUGGACACCGAUUUGCAUCAAAUAAUACGUUCCAAUCAACCAAUGACAGAUGAUCAUUGUCGGUAUUUUGUGUAUCAGCUGUUACGAGGGCUCAAAUACGUACACUCAGCCAAUGUGUUGCACCGAGACCUCAAGCCUAGCAAUUUGCUACUGAAUGCCAAUUGUGACCUUAAGAUUGGAGAUUUCGGCCUCGCUAGGACUACAUCAGAAACCGAUUUCAUGACUGAGUACGUGGUUACUCGGUGGUACCGAGCUCCCGAACUGCUUCUUAAUUGUUCAGAAUAUACAGCAGCCAUUGAUAUAUGGUCUGUCGGUUGCAUCCUCGGUGAAAUCGUAACAAGACAACCCCUAUUCCCCGGAAGAGAUUAUGUUCAUCAGCUGAGAUUGGUCACAGAGCUGAUAGGUUCACCUGAUGAUGCCAGCCUUGGAUUCCUACGCAGCGAAAAUGCUCGUAGAUACGUACGACAACUUCCACAAUAUCCGAAACAGAAAUUCGCUACUAGGUUUCCCAACAUGUCUCCAGGUGCUGUUGAUUUGCUUGAGAAGAUGCUUGUCUUUGAUCCGAGCAAGCGCAUUAGAGUUGACGAGGCGUUGUGCCAUCCAUACAUGGCACCUCUGCAUGAUAUCAACGAGGAACCUGUAUGCGUCAGACCAUUCAGUUUUGAUUUCGAGGAACCGAUGUUCACCGAAGAACAUAUCAAGGAACUCAUCUAUAAUGAGUCUGUGAGGUUCAAUCCUGAUCCACCAAUUCAGUGAGAUUUUUGUAUUUACUCUUUGCAUAUGAUUAGCAAAGUAUUUAUUUGAUGGCUAAUUGAUGAGUUGUGAUGGUAUUCAAAAAGUUGCAGCUUUCCAUAAGAUAUGUAACAUAUUGGAAAUACUCAGAUUGUUGUAAUGUGUUUUUUCAUUUUUAUCUCAUCUCUGAUUCUUA